AAGAGAGGUUUUCUGUUGUUCAUGGUCUGACGAGAGUAUGCUGCAAUGUGUUAGCCGACCGGCCCAGUUUGUGAGAGACAUCUCGAUAGCAGGGAAUAGUUGUAACAUCAAUCAAUAUUUUAGGUUUGUGUCAUCGCUACCCCUCAGAAUGACCGACCCGGCCGUGAAGAGGGUGGUGAGUGACAUCAUCCGCUCCCCAGAGGACAAGCGGUUGUACAGAGGCCUGGAGUUCACCAAUGGCCUCAAGGCUGUCCUCAUCAGUGACCCCACCACAGAUAAAUCUUCAGCAGCUCUGGAUGUACAAAUAGGAUCUCUCUCGGACCCUGCGAACAUUUCCGGCGUGGCCCACUUCUGUGAACACAUGCUGUUUCUGGGGACAGAGAAGUACCCCAAGGAGAAUGAGUACAGCCAGUUCCUGAGCGAGCACGCGGGCAGCUCCAAUGCCUUCACCAGCGGAGAGCACACCAACUACUACUUUGAUGUGUCCCAUGAGCACUUGGAGGGGGCACUGGACAGGUUUGCCCAGUUCUUCCUCUGCCCGCUGUUUGACGAGAGCUGCAAGGACAGGGAGGUGAACGCCGUGGACUCUGAGCAUGAGAAGAACCUGAUGAACGAUGCCUGGAGGCUGUUCCAGCUGGAAAAGGCCACGGGGAACCCUGACCACCCUUUCAGCAAGUUUGGAACAGGUAACAAGUUGACCCUGGAGACGAGACCAUCUAAAGACGGGAUAGACAUUCGCCAGGAGCUCCUGAAAUUCCACUCCACGUACUACUCAGCCAACCUCAUGGGACUGUGUGUGCUUGGGAGAGAGUCCCUGGAUGAGCUGACCUCCAUGGUGGUCAAGCUGUUUGGGGAGGUGGAGAACAAGAACGUGCCUGUCCCUGAGUUCCACGAGCACCCCUUCCAGGAGGAACACCUCCGGCAAUACUACAAAGUGGUGCCCAUAAAGGACAUCAGGAAUUUGUACGUCACUUUCCCCAUCCCUGACCUCCAGAAGUACUACAAGUCCAACCCAGGCCACUACCUCGGACACCUGAUUGGUCACGAGGGUCCUGGCAGUCUGCUUUCUGAGCUCAAAUCGAAAGGCUGGGUGAACACACUGGUGGGCGGCCAGAAAGAGGGAGCCAGAGGGUUCAUGUUCUUCAUAAUCAACGUGGACCUGACCGAGGAGGGACUGUUGCACGUAGACGACAUCAUCUUCCACAUGUUCCAGUACGUUCAGAAGCUGCGUACCGAAGGUCCCCAGGAGUGGGUGUUCCAGGAGUGCAAGGACUUGAACAACGUGGCCUUCAGGUUCAAGGACAAGGAGCGUCCCCGUGGUUACACCUCCAAAGUGGCGGGUUUACUGCACUACUAUCCCCUGGAGGAGAUCCUGGCUGCAGAGUACCUGCUGGAGGACUUCAGACCAGACCUCAUUCAGAUGGUGCUGGACAAGCUGAGGCCAGAGCAAGUCAGGGUGGCCGUGGUGUCCAAGUCGUUUGAGGGACAGACCGACAGGACCGAGGAGUGGUACGGGACUCAGUACAAACAAGAGGCCAUCUCUGAUGAGGUCAUCAAGAAAUGGGCGAAUGCAGACUUCAACGGUCAGUUCAAGCUGCCCGUGAAGAAUGAGUUCAUCCCCACUAGCUUUGAGAUCUACCCCCUGGAGAAGGACUCUCCAUCCGCCCCCACCCUCAUCAAGGACACGGCUAUGAGCAAGGUGUGGUUCAAGCAGGAUGACAAGUUCUUCCUCCCGAAGGCGUGCCUGAACUUUGAGUUCUUCAGUCGCUACCUAUACGCAGACCCCCUGCACUGCAACAUGACGUACCUGUUUCUCAGGUUGUUGAAGGAUGAUUUAAAAGAGUAUACAUAUGCAGCCCGUCUGGCAGGGCUGACCUAUGGCAUAGCCUCAGGGAUGAAUGCCAUCCUCCUCUCUGUGAAGGGCUACAACGACAAGCAGGACAUCCUGCUGCAGAAGAUCAUCGAGAAGAUGGCUACGUUUGAGAUCGACGAGAAGCGCUUUGACAUCAUCAAGGAGGCUUACAUGAGGUCUCUGAACAACUUCAGGGCGGAGCAGCCCCACCAGCACGCCAUGUACUACCUCCGCUUGCUGAUGACCGAGGUGGCCUGGACCAAAGACGAGCUCAAGGAGGCUCUGGAUGAUGUCACUCUCGCCCGCCUCAAGGCCUUCAUUCCUCAGCUAUUGUCACGGCUACACAUUGAAACCCUUCUCCAUGGCAACAUCACCAAGGAGUCUGCUCUAGGUAUGAUGCAGAUGGUCGAGGACAAGCUCAUCGAGCACGCCCACACCAAGCCCCUCCUACCCAGCCAGCUGAUUCGCUACCGAGAGGUGCAGGUUCCAGAUGGUGGUUGGUAUGUGUACCAGCAGAGGAACGAGGUGCACAACAACUGUGGCAUUGAGAUCUACUACCAGACAGACAUGCAGAGCACCCAUGACAACAUGCUGCUGGAGCUGUACUGUCAGAUCAUCAACGAGCCCUGCUUCAACACACUGCGCACCAAGGAGCAGCUUGGCUACAUAGUGUUCAGUGGGCCGCGCCGGGCCAACGGGGUCCAGGGACUGCGCUUCAUCAUCCAGUCGGAGAAGGCCCCCCACUACCUGGAGAGCCGCGUGGAGGCCUUCCUGUGCACCAUGGAGAAGUCUGUGGAGGACAUGAGCGACGAGGCCUUCCAGAAGCACAUCCAGGCGCUGGCCCUCCGCCGCCUGGACAAGCCCAAGAAGCUGGCCGCCGAGUGCGCCAAGUACUGGGGAGAGAUCAUCUCGCAGCAGUACAACUUUGACAGAGACAACAUUGAAGUGGCCUAUUUGAAGACACUGACUAAAGAGAACAUUAUUCAGUUCUACAGGGAUCUGUUGGCCAUCGAGGCUCCAAAGAGGCACAAGAUGUCUGUCCACGUCCUCUCCAGGGAGAUGGACUCCUGCCCCGUGGUUGGAGAGUUCCCUGCCCAAAAUGAUGUCAACCUGGCCCCUGCCCCCUCCCUGCCCCAGCCCGAGCUGGUGGAGAACAUGACAGAGUUCAAGAGGAGCCUGCCCCUCUUCCCCUUGGCCAAGCCUCACAUCAACUUCAUGGCUGCCAAACUGUGAGAGCAGCAGGCCGGCCCCAGAGCAGCAUGGGAGCCCUGGGGGGGGGGGGGGGGGGACACACACGUCUGAGCGAGCCGGAAUGUGUGUUUCUCCACGUGUGUGUGUGUAUGUUAAUUUGUGUGUUAGUGAGUGAGCGUGGCAGGCUAGAGCCACUAGGAGAUUCUGCUGGUGAAGGUGUGUCAUUCACCAGUCUUGGAGUUGUGGUUUUCCUAGCUUGGAUUACAUAGGUCACACACGCACACACGCACACAUACGGGCUCACCUCAUAUCUUAGCCUCAAGACGCAAACCAUUCUUCUCACCGCUGUGUAGUCUGUUGUAGUGGAAUAGUACUGACUUGAAGAACCACAACAUCACAGGCCAGAACCCUGGGAAACCAGUAUUUCUAGAAUGAUUCACCAUGCCACAGAAGACAUGUUUUUUUAUUUGACCUAGCCACAGUGACAUGCUGCUUUGAGAAUGAAUUUUUGAUUGUUAUUGCAAGAUGAGGUGAAGCCGUUUAAGCAUAGGAUAAUAGCUCUGUAAUGGUUCCUUCUGUCAUUCAAAAUAUGUUGAACUGAAACCAUUUUUUCACUUUGUACUCAUGCAACAUGUCAAGAUACCACAACCUCCCUUGGGGGUUUCACAUUGGCACUUUCGAGUUAACUCCCUGGGCUACAGAUGUUCCAAUAUUUUAGGCUCAUUUAUGUAUCAUCAAAAUAGAAUAUCUGCCUUGUGAAAAUUUGUUUUAAUCAGUGUUCAAGUUUUUGUUCUGUUUUUAAACUGGUAAAAUGUUGGGGCCCUCUGAGGAGCUGUUUUAAACUGCUUAUUUGGUGGAUAAAACAAACAUUCAUAAUAAUUAUUUUUAAUUGUGUGCAUUCUACAGGCUUGUGUAUUUUACAGACGUCAUCUCAGGGUACCUCAGCAUUUUGAUUAUUUUUUUUGAGACUGAAGAAAAAUAAAAUUUCCCAUUUGUCAUUUACAGACGUUACAUUUUCUCUUAGUCAUAAAUGAGCUGUGUUCUUGAGGCAACGAUCUUGAGUGCUCUAAUCUGAAUGAAGAUUUAGGUUCUGAAGGCCUCUUGCUGCCUCAAGUUGACUUUGCCUGUGCCUUUCACUGGAGAUAUGUGGUUGCUGGUUGUAACUACUCAAGGUCUUUAUUAAACAGGGCAUUGAGCUUAACACAGGAGGUUGACUGGCAAACUAGCUGCUCUGUCUCUGUGGAUAAGAUGGGAGCAGGAUUGAGUUUUACCAUUGCACUCUCUUAAAGACGCAGUACCUUAGUGGAGCCUCGCCUUUACCCCAAAAUGUUUUUAUACCUUUAAAAAAAAAAGGGACUUUAGGUGACUCAGCUGUUUGUGUUAUGAAAACACUUCUCACUAAGCAAUAAACUUUUUUGAAACAAACCUGAAGAUCUAAAUCUCAAAGCAAGUUAGGACAACACUGUGUAUUGUGAUGGCUGGUUGAAUUUCAACCACAGCAUCUACGCUGCGAUCUCAGAUCCUCCCUUUGCUUCAGCCUAGUGUGUUGGUGCCACAGCUGUCUCUAGGUGGCAACUAAUGCAUGGAUUCGGUCGUACCAGCGCUGUCUGUAUUCCACAGCCUGGUCACUCAGGUGUCUAACAAACCACGCCAAGUCAAACCACCACGGGUGCCAAGGACAGACACUGGCUAUGGCACAGCCAAGAUCAGCUCCAUGCAAUUCCCAGUACUCAGGCCUACAUCCAUUAACACUGGUGCUGUCAUGUAGGGAAGCAAAAUAUUCAUUAUAUGAGGUUUGUUGAGAAUUUGGUCAUUACCUUUUGGAAUACGCUGUCUUCAAAGCAGAACUAAGAGUUUUUACUUUUUCAGCAUUUUACCAUGUUUAACUACUAUGGCAUUUGGUAGUAGAAACUCAUUCUAAUUUAGUCCCUUUAUGUGUUGAUCCAUUGUAAUCCUCCUGGCACUGUUCCCUUUAAUUCUGCUGAUUUAGGAUCAGUGAUAAGCAGUCUGCCCUGCCCUGGUAGAGAUGUCAUACUGACCUGAGGGCAGUAUACCUUGGGUUUAGGAAGGAAAUGGGUUUACAACCAGUAGUGCUCCAUCAUUGCUUGGUAAUGCUUUUAGUCAGGAAAGGCUUGUUAAUGACAUAUCAGGAAGGUGAGCCAGUGUCUUGUCUUUCUACAAAGAUGGAAUAACUAGAUGUGGGUGGAAGUUUUGUGUUUUUUCUUUUUUACUUUUCAUUGGGAACUGACAUAUUGAGUUUGGGUGGGUUUGCUGCACAUGUAUCCCAGUAUAUAGAUGGUUAUUUUGUCAUGUGUGUCUAUGAUUAAUAAAUGACUAUGGAUGAGCUAUGAACAUAAA